UUAUUAUAAUCCCAACUAUUUUCAACAUUCUGAUCACUUUCCGAUCGUGCUUCUUUUUCUUGUGCGAUUGCCGUCUUCAUUUCGGUUUCUCUUUGUAGAGAGAGAGAUAGAGAGAGAUUUGUAGAGAGAGAGUGAGUGGGAGGACGAGAGGAGGUUUUUCUACGCUACGGAAAUGGGUUAAUGGUGUAAGAGGGAAGCAGCUGGCGAUCAUCCGUUUAGCUGCUGCUUGUCAGGAGCCGGUGGACUAUAAAUUUUCUCUCUGAGUUUCAGUUCUUCACAUCCUCUGAGCAGUUAACCAUCCAAAACCAAAAAGUAAAUCUUCAACCUACCAUCGCUUACUGCUUUUUUUCUGGUUGGAUUAAAGAAUUGUUUUUUCCAUCAUCACCAAGUGAGGAUUGAGGGUAAUUCUAUAUUUGCGUUUUGUAAUUUAUUGUUGAGUAUUUUUGGUGAAGGUGAAGGGAUUUCUACCUAGUUUUGGCCGUGGUGAAGGCCAUUUUUGUAUCAGGAGAAGAGUUAGAAUUCUUUUUUAGUUUGAAUCAUGACGACUUAUCCUCGUGCCGAAUCAAGGAGAUUGUACUCGUGGUGGUGGGACAGUCAUAUCAGUCCAAAGAAUUCGAAAUGGCUUCAGGAAAACCUGACAGAUAUGGACAUGAAAGUUAAAGCAAUGAUCAAGCUAAUAGAAGAAGACGCUGACUCAUUCGCAAGGAGAGCUGAAAUGUACUACAAGAAACGACCUGAGCUCAUGAAACUGGUGGAAGAGUUUUAUCGAGCUUACCGAGCUUUGGCCGAAAGAUACGACCAGGCAACCGGGGCUCUCCGCCAUGCUCAUCGAACGAUGUCGGAAGCAUUUCCCAAUCACAUUCCGCUCGCACUUCCCGACGAAUCUCUCUCCAAUAAUGCUCCGGAAAUGCCUUCACCGAGGCGCUCGGUGUUCGAUACUUAUGACCUGCAGAAGGGUGCAUUUGGCAUGCAGACACCUUUUAUUGAUAGGAUUGCACUGCCCGAAGAAAACAAUCGAGAGGGGUUAGCACGUGUGAAAUUAUUCGAAGGAGAUGACACGAAAGGUUUUAAUGAAGAUGAGGAAGAAGUGGUGGCUCGUGUGAGAUUACCCCAAGGGAAGGUUAUGAAAAGUCUAAACUUUGAGGAGGAAGAAGAAAAUGGUCACUAUGCCAAAAUAUAUGUGGAUUCCAAGCAGAAAGAGAAUGUCAGAUAUGGGGUAAAACAUCUUCAAGAACAAAUUUCUCAGUUAUCAAAUGAAAACCAGAAGCUUAAGGUCCAGAUUGAGUUAGAAUCUAAGCAUUUGGAUUUAUCCAGAGGUGAAGUUCAGAACUUGAGAGAUGAGAUGUCCAAAUUAGAAUCUGAGAAGGAGGCUGCGCUUCUGCAGCACCAGUUUUCUCAUGAUAGUAUAUCUAAUUUGGAGACUCAAAUCUCUAAAUUGAAGAACGAAAUUGUGAAGCUCAAUGAGGAAAUGGAGAUGGCAGCCUUCAAGUUGAGUGGUGCAGAACAAAAAUGCCUUGCAUUGGAGAAGGCGAAUCAGAGUCUACAAUUAGAACUAGAAGAAGCCAAAAUAGAGUUGGAGGAGCUAAAGCAUUUCUUAAAUGUGAGCGAUCAGAAGCUCAUGGAGGCUGAAAUGUCUCUCCAAUCAAAGGAACAACUAUAUAAUGAGUCUAACGAAAAGGUUAUGUCCAUGACAUUGGAAAUUCAGAGUCUAUUUGAGAAACUGAAGGAAGCUGGACGUAGUAAAGGGGCUUUAGAAGAAGAAGUUUCCCAACUGAAAGAUCAAAACUUUACUCUAAAUGAACACAAUUUGGCAUGUGCUUUGAAGAUGAAACACUUGGAAGAUGAGAUAAUUUCCUUGAAGGAAAGAAAUUGUAAACUAGAAAGUGAAAUAGAAAACCAGGCAGAAACUAAUAGAGUUCUUCAGCAAGAGUUUGAAUCUCUGAAGCAUGAAAAAAAUGAGAUAGAUCUGAAUCAUCAAGGUCUAACAAAAGAAAUGGAAGCAACCAGCCUUCAUAUAGAAUCACUUGAGGCACAGGUGAAGGAUCUGCAAUAUGGUCAUUCUGAACUGAAAGAGAGCUGCACUAAGCUUGAAGAAGAAAAGCUUCUAUUUCUCAACAAAUUGAAGGAUAUGGAAUCGGUUUCUGAGAAGAAUUCAGUUUUGGAGAACUCUUUAUCUGAUGCAAAUGUGGAGCUUGAAGAGUUGAGAGAGAAAAUAGUAGUUUUAGAAGGUUCCUGUGAGUCACUAAAUGCUGCAGUUUCCACUCAUGUUGCUGAAAAGGGCGCUCUGGCGGUUCAGAUAGAGACACUUGCGGAGAAUGUGGAGAAGCUUUCAAACAAAAAUAAGUUGUUGGAGAACUCUCUAGAUGAUGCAAAUACUGAACUUGAAGGGUUGCGCUCAAAAUUGAGAGGCUUGGAAGAGUCAUUUCAAUCUCUCUCACUUGCAAAUUCAGAUCUUAUUGCCCAAAAGAAUAAUCUAAUCUCACAGGUGGAGAGCAUUCAACAGAGUCUUACUAAUUUGGAGACUACACAUUCUACACUGGAAGACAAGCACUUGAAUCUAGUGAAGGAAAAAGAACUGUCCGUUAAACAAAUUUUGAAUCUUGAAAACUCGUUGAAGGUUAUGCAAAACGAGCAUGCCUCACUUAUCCACUCGAAGAGUAUGAGCCUGGCCUCCUUACAAAACCAGCUUCUUCUCCUGCAAGAAGAUAGACAGAUCAGGGAGAAAGAGUUGGAGGCUGAACAACAGAGAUCCUUUUCUCAUACGACUGAGAUUUUCGUCUUACAGAGACAUCUUCACGACAUUUCAAAUUCCUUGAUGAUCGAAAAGCAAAAGUACGAGUCGCUUAUCAGCUCAAGCAAGAUUCAACUCGCUGCUUUAGAAAGCCAAAUCCAUCUUCUGCAAGAAGAAAGAAAGAUCAAAGAUGAUAAAAUUGAGGAAGUAGAGCUGAAAUCUAUGGAGUCCAUGCUCGAGAUCUUCAUCUUGCAGAGAUGCUUGUCUGAAAUGAAAGGUGAGAACUUUGCUCUAACACAGGAGUGUCAGAAGCAUUUACAGGCCUCUAGAAGUGCUGAUGAACUAAUCAAACAGCUAGAAGACAGAGAAUUAGUUCAGAAGGAAAACAUUGCUCUAUUAAGGGAGCAUAUUUUGAAGGUCAGGGAAGGUAUCCAACGUUUGCUAGAACCGCUUAAUAUCAACGAGAAGUUGAUGAAUAUAGAGGGAAGUGAAGUUGCCAUUCUUCCAACUAUUCUGGGAGAGAUUAAGAAUCUACACGCUUCUAUUUCUGGUAUCAAUGAUGAAAACCAAAUUCUCGGUAUGGAGUUAUUGGUUUACCUCAACCUUCUGAAGCAAAGUGGAAUGGAAAAAGUUUUUAUAUGUAGGGAACUUGAAAAUACAGAGAAGCAAUCAUUUAUUUUACAGAGGGAGCACCGCCAGCUCUUCAAGGAAUAUGAGCAACUUUGUCGUGAUGCGAGUGCGGCAGACUUCACAAACAUAAUGUUAAAAGCUGAACUAGAGUCUUUCACUACAAAAUUAAAGGAUUCGUCGGAGAAAAUUUGUAAUUUGAUGAAAGAGAAGAAUGCUUUGGAAGAGGAAAACAGUUUAAUGUUUGUGGACGCCAUGACAAUGGAGAACCUUUACUUGUUCUUUAAGAAUCUAAAUGCAGAAAACAUGCAACAGUUAAAUGCAACAAACAAGCAAUUACUUAUUUUACAGAAGGAGCAUCAUCAGCUAUUCGAGGAAUAUGAGCAACUUUGUCGCGAUGCAAGCGCCACGGACUUCACAAACAUAACAUUAAAAGCUGAAUUAGAGUCUUUCACUACAAAAUUAAUGGAUUUGUCGGAGAAAUUUUGUAAUUUGAUGAAAGAGAAGAAUGCUUUGGAAGAGGAAAACAGUUUAAUGUUUAUUGACGCCAUGACACUGGAGAACCUUUAUCUGUUCUUUAAGAAUCUAAAUGCAGAAAACAUGCAACAGUUAAAGCUGCUCAGUGAUGACAUGUGCUCACUUCAUGCUGCUAAGAAUGGUCUUGUUGAUGAGAUUAGAGCGAGUGAAGUGAGAGCCAAAGCUGUGGAAAAUGAAAACCAGCAAUUCAAGGAAUCUCUUCUCGUUUUGGAAGAGCUGAGAAAUCGAAUUACAAUCUCAGAAUUUGAUUUGCAAUAUGCACAUGGUUUCUGUGAAGAACUAAUCCUUGAAGUUGAAGCUAAAGAGAAUUUGUUGAAGCAGAAAAGCAUGGAGCUUUCAGAAGUAAAGGGCUUGCUUCAAUCCAAACUAGUGGAAGCUACUGAAAUAUGCAGAAAACUUGAAACCUCUAACAAAGAAGUAGAUGAGGCCAAAGCCAUGAGAUCUGAGUUAGAGAACAGAAUUACAGUUUUAUUGGAAGGUGCUGCCUUUAAAGACAACCAGAUUGCUACUGUUAAUGGAGAAAAUGAAACACUUAAGGAGGAGUUAAAUAGAUUUAAAGCUGAAGUCGAAGCCAUUAAAAUGAGGGAACAAAUUCUGUCUUCCGAGCUGGAAGAAGAAAAAGAAAAGGUUGCUUGGUGUGAGGAAGAAAUCAUGGAAUUAUUCAGCGAGGUUCAAGCUUCUGAAAUCCAUGCAACAAUUCUUGAUGAGAAAAUGUUCGACUUGGCAUCUCAAUGUGAGGGUCUCGACAUUUCUGCAAUGGUGCUGAGAGAGACUCUAAAGGAGGAGAUUGUCUUAAAAAAAUUACACGCAGUUGAGUUGAAGAAGAAGCUUGAGGAUUUUGAAAAUGAGAAUGGAAAGCUUAGAAACAACCUGAAAGUGCUUUACCCUCUCUUUACUUCUUUGGGAAAUGGCAUUUCGAAUGUGGAGAAGCAUUUAUGUCAGCUAGAAAAACUUGAAGAUGAUGGAGAUCAGGAGAAUUCAUCAUUAUGUGAUCAGGAGAAUCACGAAGCAAGCUCUGGAGAUCAUGGCCUUUCAUCCAUGCUAGGAGUAACGGAGAUGCAGAAUUUGAUUGCCAAAGUUGAAGCACUUCAGAAAUUAGUGCAAGGCAGCAAGACUCAGCUUCAUCAGGAAAGACUCCAAUCUGCUUCCAACUUAGAAUCUGCAAGGAGAGAACUUGUAGAGUUGAAGCAGAAGCAGAGCUCUAUCAGGGAAGAAAAUCAAGGAAGAGAAACAUCCAAUAUGGUGAAAGACAUCGAACUUGACCAGGUUUCGAGCUCCUGCGGUGCAAGUAAAAUCCAAGGCGCAGAAUCCAACGAUCAAAUGCUCAAUUUAUGGGAAGCAGCUGCUACGGAUUCCAAUCAGAGUAGCCGUGUUUCUGUCGAUCAUGGCAUUGAGGUGGUCGAGGAGGCCAAGAGUGACAAACCUUCAUCAGAGCUUCCGACCGAUAAAGAUUUUGGUGUUUAUAAAAUGGAUAUAUCAAGAGAGAUCAAAGAAUCCCAACAAGACUGGAGCAGGAGAAUCAUCAAAAGACUCGCUUUUGAUGCCGAAAAGCUCUCUCUUCUUCGUACCAGCGCUCGCAACCUGAAGUUGAAGAUGGAGAAAUCCAUCCCUAACACACGACAAAAUAGACUGCAAUUUGAUGCGCUUAAGAUGAAGUUGAGAGAUGCUGAAGGAGCCAUAUUCGAUUUGAAUGAUGCAAAUGGCAAGCUAAUGAUGAUGGCUGAAGCAUAUUCAGAUUCCUACAAUGGUGAAGAAAUGAGACGUGCCGAGAGAAGCCGAGUAUCAGAACAGGCUCGGAGUGCCUCUGAGAGGAUUGGGAUGCUGGAGCUCGAGUUGCAGAAGAUUGAUUACAUCUUUCUUAAGCUCCAAGAAGAGUGGGAGAGCUAUCCAGCCGGCGAUCGAACACCUAGAGUGUUACUAAGGGACUACCUUUAUGGCAGAAAGGAUAAGCAGGGAAAUAAAAGAGGCUAUUUUUGUGGGUGUGUGAGGCCGAAAACACUGGAUAAGUACUGAUUUCUGGUUUUUCUUAGUAUUUCUUCUCUUUUGUCAAUUUAACUAAUGGGGGGAGACUGUAAAUUCAUGAAGAAAGGGGUGUAAGUUGCAGAAUAACCUUUCUUCUUUCUCUACAUUGCUGCUUAAGUUGUGUUGAGCUUAAAGUUUAUGAGAAAUUCUAUGCA